UUUAAGUAAACUUCCUGCGGGAGGGAAUUUCCCUCGGGUAGGCAGCUGGCUGAGGUCCUCUCUACUCGUGGGGACAUCCUUGAGGAUUCUGCCUUAACAUUCCCAAGAACUGCUGGAUGAGGGAGCCAUGGGGGUCUCAAGGGACAGUGAGAUGAAGAAGAGCAGCAGGAAGCGAAAGAAGGAGUUGGAGAACGGGCAGGAGGUUCCCAAGGAGCUCAGGACAAAGAUUGGGAAGAAGGAGCCGGAAUAUUCAGUGCAGUUCCCUGCAGGAAAAGAGGGAAAAGGGAAGAAGAAACCACCCAAGGUCAAGGAGAAGCCGCUGCAGGAGAACAUCAUCAGCAGCUCCCUAAAGCAGGAGGCUGCAGGAGGAAAAGGCCUUGGCUCGAGCCUUGGGAAUGGGAUCCAAGCUGAGGAAGGAGCCGCCCUGGGCUCGGAGGAGACCAAAGCAUCCCUGCCCCAAGGGCCACCCGUGGAGCUCCAAGACUCUUCAGGGUGCCAGGACAAAUCCCAGGAAGCGGGACCUGCGGUGGGACAGCAGCUCUUGAAGAUCCAGAAUGGAAUUGGGAUCCCAAAGCCCAGUGAUGGCGUUGCUGGUGGGAUUUCCUCCCCCUCUGGAGAUGCUGGGAAUGUGGAGAUGGAUGUGGAGCUCGCAGAUGUGAGGGAGGGUGAGGAGAAGGAGCUGGAUCCUCCUGUCCCACGAAAAGAACGGGAUUCCCGAGUCCUGAAGAGCAAAAAAGGAGGAAAGAAGAAACAGGAGGAAAAGAAGGAGCAGGAAAAAGGAUUGAAGAGGAAAAGAGAGAGGAAAAAGGAUAAAUUUGGGGAUGGGAUGGAAGGAAUUGAGGAGGAGGAGGAUGAGGGAGGCAGUGAGGGAGGCAGGAAUUGGGAAGAGGAACAGGGAAGAGCCAAAAGAGGGAAAAGCAGCAGAUUUCAGGGACAGGGGGAUGGGAGAGAAAAGCAGGAGAAGGGAAAGGCCAAGAAGCACAAGAAGGUGAAAGUGGAAGGGGUGGAAAAGGUGGGAAAAAAGAGAAUAAAGAAGGAAAAAGUGUCGGAAGAGGAAAAGGAGCAAGAGGUGGAAAAGAUGGAGGAGGAAGGAGCGGGAAGUGAAAGGGAGGGAAAAGACGAGGUGGGAAAGGGAAGUGGAGAUGGAAAAGGAGUCAAGGAGGAGGAAGAGCUCAGGGAGGAAAAGUUGGGAGAGACCUGGAGAAUGGGGAUGGAGCAGGAAGAGGAAGGGAAGGGAGAUGAGCCAAGGAAAAAGAAGAAAAGCAAGAAGAAAAAGCCCGAGGGGGAAGAGAAGGAGGAGAAGAAGAGCCAAGAGGAGGAGACUCCAGGGAAAAGCAGGAAAAGGAAAACUCAGGAAGGAGGAGGAGAAAAGAGCAACAAGAAGGCGCAGAAAGAGGAGGAGAAAGAGGCGGAAAACAAGUGGAAGUGGUGGGAAGAGGAGAAGAAGGACGAUGGGGUGAAGUGGACGCAGCUGGAGCACAAGGGGCCCUACUUUGCCCCACUUUAUGAGCCCCUUCCCGAGGACGUGAGGUUUUAUUACGAUGGAAAACCCCUGAAGCUGAGCUUGGCCACGGAGGAAAUCGCCACGUUUUAUGCCAAAAUGCUCGACCACGAGUACACGAGCAAGGAGAUCUUCCAGAACAACUUCUUCCACGACUGGAGGAAGGAGAUGACCUCGGAGGAGCAGGAGAUAAUCCAGGACCUGGCCAAGUGUGACUUCAGUGAGAUCCACAAAUACUUCGUGGACAAAAGCGAGGCCCGGAAGGCGCUCCCCAAGGAGGAGAAGCAGAAGCUGAAGGAGGAGGCAGACAAGAUCCAGGAGGAAUACGGGUACUGCAUCCUGGAUGGGCACCGCGAGAAGAUCGGCAACUUCAAAACGGAGCCACCGGGGCUGUUCCGGGGCCGUGGCGACCACCCCAAGAUGGGGAUGCUGAAGAAGAGGAUCAUGCCAGAAGAUGUUGUCAUCAACUGCAGCAAGGAUUCCAAGAUUCCCAAGCCCCCCGAAGGUCACAAGUGGAAGGAGGUUCGCUUUGACAACACGGUCACCUGGUUGGCCUCGUGGACCGAGAACAUCCAGAACACCCUCAAGUACAUCAUGCUGAACCCCAGCUCCAAGCUGAAGGUCUUCAAGAACCUGCAGCUGUUCAUGAAGAACAAAGACCCCUCAGAUGACCUCUUUGACAGCCUCAAUACAACCUUCCUGAACAAACAUCUCCAGCACCUGAUGGAUGGUUUGACGGCCAAGGUGUUCCGGACCUACAACGCCUCCAUCACCCUGCAGGAGCAGCUCAAGGCCCUCACCAACCCUGAAGACAACGUUGCUGGGAAGCUCCUCUCCUACAACCGAGCCAACCGCGCCGUGGCCGUGCUGUGCAACCAUCAGAGGUCCGUGCCCAAAACCUUUGCCAAAUCCAUGGAAAUCCUGCAGACCAAGAUCGAUGCCAAGAAGAAGCAGGUGGAGGAAGCCCAGCAAGAGCUGCAAAAAGCUGAAGAGGAGUUGGAAGACACAAAAGAUGCCAAAGCAGAGGCGAACGUGGAGAAGAAGAAGAAGCUGCUGAAGAGGCUGGAGGAGCAGCUGGCCAGGCUGAAUGUCCAGGCCACAGACAAGGAGGAGAACAAGCAGAUAGCUCUGGGCACUUCCAAGCUCAAUUACCUGGAUCCCAGGAUUAGCGUUGCUUGGUGCAAGAAGUUCGGGGUGCCCAUCGAGAAGAUCUACAACAAGACCCAGAGGGAGAAGUUUGCCUGGGCCAUCGCCAUGGCCAACGAGGACUUUGAGUUCUGAGCCCACUUCCACCUCAAACCCUUCAAUCCCGCCCAUCUGGUGCUGUUGGAAAGCUUUGUUUAUUUUUUUCCCUCGUCCUGCAGGGGGUGAGGGGUUUGUCCAAGAGAAGAAUUUGAUGC